AUCUCCCUCUCUCUCACUCUCUCUCCACCCACAGCAACACCUCUUUCUCUCACUACAAGACUAUAACUCUAAUGGGUCCGUUACAAGGAAAUUCAAACAAUGGUGUCGGCGACAAAACGUUAUUGAUGAGUAUUUAAUUGAUGAUUACCAAUCAUCAUGUAUUUUAAUUACCUUAUUCUCCUUUUUCACCUUCCCUUGUGAAAGCUGGCAUUGCUAUAUCAAUAUUCUCUCUCUUACACUUACCAUGUAUAAAUUUUCUUGUCACUUAUAUGAUAAAGGCAUAAGGUUUUUGUGUGGUAUUCUAAUAAAUCCCGGAAAGCUACUCUGCUUUUUUAUACUCUGCUUUUUUGCUUCUGAUGCAGUUGUUGCUGUUUGGGCAUCAGAGUUCACUCUUGUCUCUUUGGCUGAUGCACAGGCCGAUACUCAUGAAGAUGCUAGCAGCAUUGCUUUUACUUCUCCCGUUGAGCAAUGCCAUUGAAAUCAAUGUCAAAGGGAGCGAGAGACAAUGUGAAUAUCAGCCCACACUACAACCGAGACCACAUAGUGUGUCCAUCCUGGAGUUUGGAGCUGUUGGGGAUGGGAAAACUUUGAACACCCUUGCUUUCCAGAAUGCGAUUUUCUAUCUCAAGUCGUUUGCUGACAAGGGCGGUGCUCAGCUGUAUGUACCGGCGGGAAAAUGGCUCACUGGAAGUUUCAAUCUUACUAGCCAUCUCACACUCUUCUUGGCAAGAGGUGCCAUCAUUCUUGGAUCUCAGGAAGCAUCUCAUUGGGAAAUUGUUGAACCACUACCUUCCUAUGGUCGAGGUCUAGAGCUUCCGGGAGGAAGGCAUAGAAGCUUAAUAAAUGGAUAUCUGUUGGAUGAUGUGGUAGUAACAGGUGAUAAUGGAACUAUUGAUGGACAAGGCUCAGUUUGGUGGGAAUGGUUCACCUCACAUUCAUUAAACUAUAGCCGGCCUCAUCUUGUCGAAUUUACUGGUUCCAAAGAUAUUGUUGUAUCGAACCUAACUUUCCUUAAUGCUCCCGCAUUCAAUAUUCAUCCAAUAUAUUGCAGCAAUGUGCAAGUUCAGAACAUUUCAGUGUAUGCUCCACCAGGAUCACCUUACACUGUUGGCCUAGUACCAGAUUCUUCAGACAAUGUAUGCAUAGAGAACUGUAGCAUUAGCACCGGACAUGACGCCAUUGCUCUCAAGAGUGGCUGGGAUGAAUACGGAAUAGCCUAUGGCAUGCCCUCAACAAGUGUACACAUCAAGCAAGUAUACCUCCAAUCAUUUUCGGGUUCUGCCCUUGCUUUCGGAAGCGAGAUGUCCGGAGGCAUUUCCAACGUCCUCGUGGAACACCUCUACAUAUACAACUCAAAUUGCGGAGUUGAGUUCAAAACAACCAAAGGUAGAGGUGGGUAUAUCAAAGAAAUUGUCAUUUCAGACGUUGAGAUGAAAAAUGUCGAAACAGCUUUUAGUGCAACUGGCCAAAGUGGGUUCCACCCAGAUGACAAUUUUGAUCCAAAUGCAUUACCCAUUGUGGAUUUGAUCACUUUGCGAAAUGUGAUAGGAUCAAAUAUCAGCCUUGCUGGAAGUUUCACCGGAAUUAAAGAAUCUCCUUUCACUUCCAUAUGUUUAUCGAAUAUUUCCUUAGCAGUCACUAGUUCUACUACUUAUUGGGAAUGUUCAAAUGUUCUAGGUUUUUCUCAGUUGGUGUUUCCAGAACCGUGUCCUGACCUUAACUCUUCAGUCUCAAAUUCUUCGUUCACAUGCUUCUCUUUCCUAAAUUCCAAUGCCGAGUUUGCAACUUUAUGAUACCAUUUUUCCCACCUACAAACUCGAAAUCUUUCAGCUCCUCUACAAUUAGCUCAGAUUCUUUCAAAAUAAGGCAAAUGUCUAGAAUACAUGUUUCUUCCACCUCGCCCGCUUGCAUUCUUGCAUUGUUACUACCUGCAUAUUGUUGUACAGCCUCAUUUCUUCAUUCAUGUGUAAGGAAUUUUUGGCAGUGAUUGUUUAUUUCUUUUGAAUCUGGUGCAUUAUAUUCCAUUGUAAAAGUAAAGGUUAGAUGAAGUGACAUUGCAAUUUGAAUCAUGUGAUUGGAAUUAACAUCAAAUUUGGUUA